UAAGAGGGAGGAGACAAAGGAAAAAGGAGUUGGGGGGUUUAGAAGAGGACGUGGUUGGGUUGUUUCGUUUCCAUCCACUCUUUCUCUCUUGUUUGUUUCUUUCUCCAGCCCUUCGCCAGACCAUCAAGGAGGGACGACAACAAAAGCUGAGCUUUUUUUUGGGGGUUUAAUCAAGAAGAACAGAUUUGAAUUUUUAUUGGGUCUUCAGAGAAGAAGAAGCAGAGACAUUUAAAAAGGAGGGAAGACAAUGGAGGAAACAAUGGCGGCGAGGUAUUGGUGUCACAUGUGUUCACAGAUGGUGAACCCCACAAUGGAAUCCGAGAUCAAAUGCCCCUUUUGCCAAAGCGGAUUCGUCGAAGAAAUGAGCGGUAACGGAGGCUUAAGAGACGUUCAAGACCCAGAAACGGAGUUUGGAACAACAGACCGUGCCAUGUCUCUAUGGGCACCGAUCUUGCUCGGGAUGAUGAGCAGUCCUCGUAGACGAAGAAGGUUCAGAAGAGCAGAGCUCGGUUCAGAAGAAGAAGACAACAACGAAGACGACGAUGUUGUUGAUCGUCAUCAUCAUCAUCAUAGAGCUAGAAGGCACGGUGGAGAGAUUGAUUUGGACAGAGAGUUCGAGUCUAUCUUGAGGAGAAGACGGAGAAGCUCGGGGAAUAUACUGCAGCUGCUUCAAGGGAUCCGCGCAGGGAUUGCUUCUGAGUACGAGAGCUCUGAUAACAACGAGAGAGUGAUCAUGAUCAAUCCGUAUAGCCAGUCCCUCGUUGUGAGAGGAUCUUCUGAUCAGACUCAGACUCAGACCCAUUCUGCGUUGACUUCGCUUGGAGACUACUUCAUUGGACCUGGUUUGGAUCUCUUGCUUCAGCAUUUGGCUGAGAACGAUCCCAACAGACAAGGGACUCCGCCUGCUCGUAAAGAAGCGGUUGAGGCUUUGCCGACGGUUAAGAUAACGGAGCCGUCGUUGCAGUGUUCGGUUUGUUUGGAUGAUUUCGAGAGAGGUGUUGAUGAAGCGAAAGAGAUGCCGUGUAAGCAUAAGUUUCAUGUCAAGUGUAUUGUCCCGUGGCUCGAGCUUCAUAACUCGUGUCCCGUGUGUCGGUUCGAGCUUCCUUCUGGUAAUGAUGAUGGUGAUGGUGAGAGUAAGGUUGAGUCAGGGGGAGGAGCGAGGACGAGAAGUGUUCCUGAGAGUAGUGACAGAGAGGUUGUCGAGAAUGUGGGGGAGAGAGGAAGAGAGGAUGAGGCGAGGAGUGGGAAUGGGAGAAGGUUCUCGAUUCCAUGGCCGUUCAGUGGUUUCUUCUCUUCUUCUUCUUCUUCGUCUUCUUCUUCUUCGGCAUCUGGAUCAUCUCAGUCUGGUGAGAGCAAUGUCUACUCAAGAUCUUACGGUUCUUCUCGCUGAUAAGACAUUCAACAAAUAAAAAGAUCUUGGUUCUGUUGUUGUUGUCUUGUAUUUUCUCAUGUUCUAGCUCUUUGAUUUGUUUCCUUCUCUGCAUUUCAUUUUGCUGCUUUGUAUGUACAUAACAAUGAUGUUCUUUUUACUCAUGACUGUUUUAAAAAAAAUUCCAUGGAGGUAUUAUAUGUUUUUCUU